UGAACAUUAAAAAAUAGAUAAGAUUCGCUUCGCACAGAAAGUUGCAUAUGCUUGACAAUGGAUUUUGUUCAAGAAGCAGUUUUUCUUGGAAUAGAUGCUCUAUUGCUAGGACUAUGUUUGAAAGAAUACAUUUAUUACAAAAAAAUCAGUUCGUCAUUGAAAGCUGCUCCUCAGCUUUCGAUAGACGAUUCUUUGGUGAACAAUCUGAAAAAGAAUGAUGGUAAGAUUAAAUAUGCUGUCAUAAGAGGCACUGUCACUCCUAUUGGAUCCGCACUUCACAGUGUUAUGACCCCAUCAGUUACUGGUGUGCUUCAGAUUAUGAAGUUAAAUGAACAUCGAGUGGCUCGCGGUUUUGCCGGUUUUUGGGCCGAACAGCGAAAGUUGAUACACAUCUCUUGCAAUGAAGUGCCGUUUAGCUUGACAAACGGUAAGCUUUCUGUUGAAGUUGUUGAUGGGCUCUCGGCUGAGAUCUUAGAUAUGGACACAAUUUACGAUAACUAUGAGCCAGCUAGUCUUUCGUUCUUUGAUCAUAUAUUUGGAUUCUUUUCUGGAGUGCGUCAAAAGGGAAUGCAAACUACCGAAGAAGUCCUACGCGACGGAAGCUUCAUCACAGCUGUAGGGGAAAUUGAACUAGAUGGAAACAAUAUCCGUUUGCAGCCUUCUCCGGUUGCACCAAUGUUUCUGACUACUGCCACAAAAAAUACUCUGUUGAAAAGGUUCGAAGAAGCGAAAUCUUCCAUGCUUUUCAAAGUUGUCGUUUGUGGAACUAUAUCGGCAGUACUUAUCGGCCUAAUUACCCGAAAAAUUUAUAGACGUAAGAAAGUAGAGUGGAACGAAAGGCGUGUCCGAGAAACAUUGGAAAAAUCUCGAGCACAGCGCAGGGCUUUAGCCAGACAGCAAGUUUAUAAUGACGAACAGAGGUGUGUGGUAUGUGUUGAUAAUCCGAAGGAGGUGAUUUGCCUGCCGUGUGGUCAUGUUUGUCUUUGCGAGAACUGCGCUGAAAAAAUCAAAACGAGCUGUCCUGUUUGUCGUUCUAAGAUCGAGUCUAAAGCGGCAGCAUUUAUUACGUGAAGCUUUUUUGGCAAAAGGAAAUGAACGGUAUGUUUUAAUAUAUUAUUUUAUUUUGCUUUUAAUGUAUAAAGGUAAUUGU